AUGGAUCAGCUCGCGGUGCAGUGUCCCGUAUGUACGCUGUUCCUUCACAAUGGGAUUACCCUAGAGUCCCAUUUGGAUACACAUCCCAAAGACCAAGUUAUAAAAGCUUUGUGUAGUAUAGCAUCAAACUCUAAAAGCUCCAAUUAUGGUAGUAGAACUUCUACACCUGCACAUUCUGAACGAUCAUUCAGAAGCAGGUCACGGACUCCUGCUACAGAUGACAGUGCCAAGUGGACUGCAUCACGGAGCACUGAACAUGAUCGUUAUUGGCGUAGAACACCAAGCAGAACUUCUAAAUCAACACCUUUAUCAAGUACAUCGAGGAAUGGCACACCUGACAUCAGAAUGCUGGAUAUGGGGUUUGAUAACCAUGGUUUACCUGGCAGUAGUGUUGGACAACAUGGAAACAAUCCAUUUCUUUUAAAAGCAGACAAGCUUCAGCAAUCAUUUCAAUCUCCUCCAGUUCCAGACUUUGACCAGCAGUUUGUUUACUAUCCAGAUCAACAAGAAGAUAGAGAGAUCAAGUUUUCUCGAAGUGCUGAAUAUAGUGCAAUGGAUAAUAGCAACAAUAUGUUCCCUUACAAUGUGCCAACUAUGGCAGCUCCAAACAUGAAGUUGUUACCAACAGCAAGUAGGAAAGCAAGUGACCUUGUCAAAGUUCUACCUAAACCUAAUAACAUUUUACUUAAGACCAACAUGGGUGGUGUGCAAUAUAUAGGGCCGGGGGUCAAACCCAUGGUAAUGGUGCCAUCUGCACCUACAUUUGUGCAGAAGAAUGUGCAAAACAAUAUGAUCAUGACAGGAGGUAUACCAAACCCACAGAUGCAGAUUGAUACCAAAACUGUUCCACCUCCCCUAGGUAGCAACCCACUCAACCAAUUGUCUUGUAGUGGUGCAUUCACUCCGGGGACUACAGUUGUUACCCAAAACUCACAAAUUAUUUACAGAGAAAUGGUGCACAAUAUAGAUGGAAAGCCAUUCAUAACCACAAUGCCUACUUUACUUGGAAAUGAGAAUGUAAAUAAUUUGUCUCAGGCUAGCUCUAUGUAUCAAAAUGUGAUGGUUGUAGAUCAGUUUGGGAAUACUUCAUGUAUGUACACAACACCUCAACAAAUGAUGAGCAAGGCUUGCCCCACAUCCAUGUAUAACGAGCCUGGGGCUAUGAUACCAAGCAUAACAAUGGACAAGUCUGUCCAGAGUAUGAAUGAUCCUAAAACACUUAUUAUUGAGGUAGGCCCACUGGUUGCCCCUGCUACUGACAAUAUUUGUGAAGAGCCUGGUUCUUCUAUGUCCCAACCAGUUGCUAAUAGUCCCGCUGAGAGUACUGACAGAACUUCGGAGAAUCUUGAUCCCAAGUUAGAAAUGUCAGGCAGUACUAAGGGCUUAAAGAUUUUGAGUAACAUCAAGGUCGAAGUUCCUGUGCAACAUCACAAGAAUAUGGUAAACACGGUCAUGGAUCUUACUGGUCCUAAUGAGUCGGACUACCCUGUUGAACGAGUAGAUAGUCCUGAAAAGAUCCUCCCAGAUUUAGAAGAUAACAACCAAAUGUCUUCUGAUGAUACCCAGCCUUCAAUGUCUAGUGGAGACAGCAUGGCAUCCCAUACAUUUUCUGUGAUAAAAAAUGUUGGUAAUCCAAGUAAAAGUUCUGUUGAUAAUAAGUUGGAUACAGACUUUUCAGAUAGCUGUCCUGUGCCAGAUUUAAUAUGCAAUGAGAAACCAUCCAUAUCACCAUGUAGUGAAUUGUCAGAAAAUGGUGACAAUUCUACUGAUAGAACCUCAAUAUCUCCUAAGCCUGUGACUAAUCAAGUUAGCCAUAGGAAUCUAGCUCUUCCCGAAAAGAAGAUUCAUCUUCCACAGAAGCCAUACAGGCACAACACACUAAGACUGAACAAUAUUUUUGUUAAGAAACACAAGAAAGUUUUGCAAAUUAAGAAUGCCAGGAACUUUACUGUGAGUCUUUCAAAGAAAAUUGAGCAAAGAGACACCAUUGCUUCAUCAUCAUCAGCUUGCAGAACUCCUGAAAAAUUUAUUAUGAAUAAAAUGCACCAAACUGAAAAGACAGACUGCAAAGAAAAGAGUAAUCUCUUGCAAACAAUAUCUGUUGAAGAAAUUAAGGAGAGUGAUGAGAACAAUGACUUUGAUGCUGAUACAGAGGAACAAUCUAUGGAUAUAGAACAAGUAGAAGCUGGUAGUCUGAAUCAGUCUGAAUUUGGUGGCAACAUGGACCUUAUACAGGUGAAAGAGGAAAUAAACUCAAGCAAUGAAGGAGGAUUUAGUAAUGAGACCAUGACUCCAUCUGACCGUAUGCUGAAUUCAAUAGACUCAUUGCGACCCAUUAAUGUUAUUAAUUACGGCAAUAUGUCCAACGAGGAUUUUAACGAGGAAGCUAAUGACCGAGAAUUAUUAAAUCUGGAAGGAACAUCAAAAACCAAGCAAUUUGUCAAUAUGAUGAACGAAAAUUAUUUUGGGGACAAUAUUUAUGCGGACUAUUUUACUCCAGAUCGCGUCGAAGCGUUUGAUGCGGAACGCGAGGCGGCGUCGUUUAAGGAUGGCGGUAAAGAUGGUAUGUACCUGUGGGGCGAGCCGUCGCAGAAAGACGACGAGUUUGUGCUGCCCAACUUUAUACACGAGAGUUACAAGAUAGCAGAGAGUAACGGGAUAGAUUAUUCCGAGCUAGGUGCUAGAGACGUGCAGGCGGACGUGGAGGUGGACGGCGGCGAGCCAGACAGCAAGGCCGACGUACUCAGCGAGAGCCGCAGCGACAGCGACGCGCCGCUCAACAUCUGCGCCGACGAGCGCAUGCCGCCGCGCGGCGAGCUCAGCGGCCAGGAGAGCAACGGGGACAUGGAAUCGCCCUGGAGCGGGAUGUAUUCCGAGGUGACGCCCUCGGAGCCGUAUGACUUGAUCGCCAGAGAAAGCUGGGCGUCGGCCUCCGACGGCUCGGACGUGGACACUAAUGACAAGGAGCCUAUGUUAGUAAUUGACGAGGAUGUACCGAUAGCAACGCCGUCGCCGGCGGUGGUGAACGCAAACAGGGCCGCUGCAGGGGGUGCAGGGCGGGCGGGGCGCGCUGGUCGGGGCGCUGGGGGCGCUGGGGGCGCCGGGCGGCCGCGGCCGGGCGCCAGCGGGGCUCGCGCGCGGCGCCACACGUGCACUACGUGCGGCGCCAUCGUGUCCACGCUGAAGGAGCUGCGCGCGCACAAGGCGCUGCUGCACGGCGCGCCGCACGCGCCUGCGUCCUACAGCCGCCUCGUCACUGCGCGGGCCAUCAUGAAGGAGGAGAAACCUGACGACACCAAUAACCUCCUAACGCCGAUUGACUCUAAAGAUUCAAUAUCAUCCUCGAUUCUGCAAGUGUACGAGAAUAUUCAAGUGGAAGAAGCCAAGCCUAAGAUAGAAGUAGACCGUCUGAUCAAACAAGAAGUUAAGAGAAAACGGAAAGACUACGUCUGUCCCACGUGUAAAGUGGACCAAGUUACGGAGACAUUAUUUCACGAACAUCUCAAGAUACACCCGCUCGAGUGCCUCACGUGUGGCAAAUGUUUCUUCCGACGAGCAAACCUCGCACUGCAUAUAAAGACGCAUUUAGGAAUUAAGAAUUAUAAAUGCGAGGUGUGCGAGAAGCGGUUCCUGACGCGGCAGAAGUUGAUGGAGCACCACAACGUGCACACGGGCCGCGCGCCCGUCAAGUGCACGCUCUGCGACGACACCUUCCGCCGGUACUCCAACAUGGUGCAGCACAGGGACCGGCACCACCUGCACAAGCGCGGCAAGGUGCGCGACUUCGUGUGCCAGUGCGGGCUCGUGCUGCACUCGCGCGCCAAGCUGCGCUGGCACCAGGAGACGCACGCCGAGCGGCCGCGCGCCUGCGACUACUGCAGCGACAAGUUCGUGCACGCCGCCUCGCUCACGCGGCACGUGCGCCGCGCGCACAACCAGUACUUCGUCGCCGAGCGUCUGCAGGGCAAGCAGGACAACGUGCAGUGCCCCGUCUGCAAACAGGUGUAUCUGAGAUCCAAUCUACGAACGCACUUGCAGACCCACAGCGGACAGCGACCCUUCGUGUGCAUCAUCUGCAACAAGUCGUUCACCACCAAGUGGAACCUCAAACUGCACCGUUGGACGCACAUGUCUCGGUCGGCCAAGCCGUUCAAGUGCACGCUGUGCAAGGGAGCCUUCAUCCGGCAGUCGGAGUACAUCUCCCACAUGAACGCGCACAAGUCGGUGCGGCCGUACACGUGCAACUACUGCGGCUGCCAGUUCAUCCGCAAGUACAACUGCCAGCGCCACGUGCGCGAGCACGAGUCGGCCAAGAAGUACGUGUGCAAGGUGGCGGAGUGCGGCAAGUCGUUCCACCGCUCGUACUACCUGGCCGAGCACAUGAAGGUGCACAGCGGCGCGCGCCCCUUCGCCUGCGCCGUCUGCGGCAAGACGUCCAGCAACAAGUCCAACCACAACAAGCACGUCAAGAUCCACCACGCGCGCGAGCCCGUCGCCACCGAGGCCUAG